AUGGGCAAGAAGGAUUCAGCCGGCCCCAAGGAAGGAAGAGGCAGCCUCAAUGCCAUCAGGAAUGGGAGCAGUGGGAGAUCCUGGGAAAGAAUGGUGGUGCAGAAGACCCCAGGCGAGGACACAAGUAGCUCAGUUGUAUGGCGCCAACGCUUCCGGCGGUUUCGCUACGAGGAUGACAAGGGGCCCAGAGAGGUUUGCAGCCAGCUCCACCAUCUUUGCUGCCUAUGGCUGAAGCCAGAGCAGCGCACAAAGAAUCAGAUUCUGGACUUGGUGAUCCUGGAGCAGUUCUUGACCAUCCUUCCAGCGGAGAUGGAGCGCUGGGUCAGAGAAUGUGGAGCCGAGACCAGUUCCCAGGCAGUGGCCUUGGCAGAAGGUUUUCUCCUCAGUCAGGCAGAAAGGCAGCAGGUGAGAGCACUUCAUCCUGGUAGUUCCAUGAGCCCAGGAAUGUGAGAGAGGAUACCCUAAAACUCCCCACUAAUUGCCUAUCUCUUUUGGGAAAUCAUCCAAGGAGGGAUGACCCCAAAUCCAAGCCUUUGCUUCUGAUCAUACUUUUUCUAAGCCUUCUCCCGUUCUGUGUCUAUGCUUCUCAUUGCUGUUUCAGGAGCUGGAACUGUUUGCAGAAGUGGGCUCUGGUUUCCCCGAGACAGAGGAGGCUCCAUCAGACAUCAGACACAGUCCACCAGGAAGAGGGGUCAUGCAGGAGACCAACAGAGGUACCACCUUACAGUGUAAGGAUUAAUGGGGCAUAUUUCAACUUGGUCUGCCCCUAUUUAUUAUGCAAGAAAUCCCUAGCGUGCCUCAAGUUUUUGACAUAUUUUGAUUGCAGCCAAGAGCUCCCAAGUUUUUUUUAGGCUGAGGGGAGGGAAUUGAGUGGAUGAGAGAUUUCCCCCCCCACACACACACAGCUGAAAUGGGUGCUGACAUCCAAAAUCCAUUCAACAGAAAAUAUAUGGGCCUUGCUUACUUGUUUUGCUAAUCCAAGCUAUGGCUUAGUUCAGGUCUGGGGAACCUUAGGACUUUUGGAUGGUGCUGAAUUACAACUCCCAUCUGCUGUAACAAGCAUGGCUAAUAGCCAAGGGUGAUGGGAUUUGUAGUGCAGCAACAAUUGGAAGGACAAAGGUUCGCCACACCUGACACAGUAUGAGGCUGCUAGUUGGGAGAUCAUGACUGCUUUGCUUCUCUCUCUGGUCGUUUUGCUGCUGUGCUCCACUGAGCUGAGCUCAGCCGUGGCUUGGCUUAGCAUGGCAUCCAAACUAUGGUUCAUAGUUUAGCUCUCUGCAGAGGAACUUUGUCAUAGUCAAUGUCUCCUGCCCGUUUGCAUCACAGCAUGGUUUGGCUUGGAUAUGCAUUUGUACUUGGAUAUGCAUUUCUUAUUCUAUUUCUUAUUCUACUACCUUCCCACUAUCUUUGUGUGUUUUUUACAGGUAAUGGAAUGGUGCGAGAAAAACAUACUCAGCCAUCUCAACUCUGUGGUAGAUGGGAAAUGGCUUCUGUGAGACCUAAACAGGUAGGGGCAAGACUCUCUGCAGAGACAAAAGGGGAAGCUUGGUGUUCUCUGUUCCCCUGCUCACAUUUCUGGAACUCGAUGAAUCUUUCUCUUUCUGUUUGUGUCUCUCAAAGCUGUCCACUAGGAAAUCUAUGAAUGCAACUCGUGAAAGGUGUAAAUCCUGCAAGAUAAUAGCCAUCUUCCCCACUGCACCUCUGCCAUAACUGGCCUUUUGGAUCUUACUGUCUUAUCUAUAAGGAGGAAACAUUUUCUUUUUCUUUCAGGGCCGGGUGACCUUUGAGGAGGUAGCUUUGAAUUUCUCCGAAGAAGAGUGGUUUCUGCUGAAUCCUGACCAGAGAGCCCUGCACAAGCAAGUCAUGGAGGAGAGCUGUGGACUUGUGGCCUCUCUUGGUAAGGCUGCCUAGUUCAAGGUUGGGGGAUUUGUGGCUCUGCAGAUGUUUUUGGACUCGUAACUCCCAUCAGCCCAAGCCAAUAUGGUCAAGGAAGAUGGGAGUUAAGAGUCCCUAGAUGAUGAAAAUACCUCUUUACAUGUCUUAACAUGUUUUGGCACAGUUCUUGCCAUUCAGCAUCUCAGGUCCCCGGUCUAGUGGGACGUAUCGGUAUUUUUAUUUACUAAAGCAUUUAUAUCCUGCAUUUCCAUUUAACUGAAAUCCACAAAGGGGAAAGCAAUAAUUAGACAUGAAUACACAAUGUUAAAGCCGCAGCAUAGUGAAAAUGACUUUUCGGUCAGCAUCAGGUAAUUGACAGUGGGGUAUAUUCAGAGCCAUAAUAAAUAGAAAUAUAGUCCAGAGCCAUUUUAGAACUGCAUUAGCCUAACAGAACCACACUGUCAUUGUUUACUGCCUAAAAGUUAACAGUAAGAGAGAGGAGGGAGUCAUGUGUCCCUAGGGAACAGGUUGCACAGCUUUGGUGUCACUGCUGAGGAAGCUCUGCUGGACAAAAUUAUUGAGGGUAUAAUGUAAGGCGGUGGGGAACUUCAGGUCAGGGGGCAAAUGCAGCCUUCUAGACCUCUCUGUCUGGCUCCAGAGCUCUCCUCAGGACCCUCUUUGUGCCUCAGGUGUUUUUGCCUGGCUGAAAUGUGUCCUUGAACUCUGAUAAUACCUCUUGCCUGACUGGAGGGUGGAGAAGGGUGUGUGAGUCUGUGUGUAGAAACCAGGUCAAAUUUACAUUGUUUGCUCCACCCACUUUUGCCUCUGGCUCCGCCCACCACUGGCAUUCUGCCAUCAGAAAGUUGCCCAGAAGAAAAUGCGACUCCCGAUCUGGAAAAGGGUUUCUCACCUGUGUUGUAAGAGGAGUGGGGAAAUGGCUUUCGUUGCCACCAUCCACGUUACAGAUUAGCUAGUACAGUGGUGCCUCGCAAGACGAAAUUAAUCCGUUCCGCGAGUCUCUUCGUCUUGUGGUUUUUUCGUCUUGCGAAGGACAGCUAUUAACGGCUUAGCGGCUUUAAGAAAAAGGAAAGAAACUCACAAGAACUCGCAAGACGUUUCGUCUUGCAAAGCAAGCCCAUAGGGAAAUUUGUCUUGCGGAACGACUCAAAAAACGGAAAACACUUUCGUCUAGCGAGUUUUUCGUCUUGCGAGGCAUUCGUCUUGCGGGGCACCACUGUAAAAAGUCAAGCUGUACAUUCGCCACAAAAUAGAUAUGAAUCUGAGGUGAUGUCACCUGCCUCGGCCACCUCAAAAUCCAUUGUGGCUUGAAUAUGAGACAGUCCAAGGUCAAACACACUGGCCUCUGGUGCUUCAGAAGGCUUGUGAAUAUUUUUCUGAUGAGUUUAUACAGUCUCGUAGUCUCCCUUAAGGUCAUCAUCUGCACUAUUCAUUUAAAGCCCGUGAGAAGGGUAGGCAAGGAUCUGGCCUUAUGGCCAGUAUACUGUUCCCCACCCCUUGUUCUACAUCACACCAGCAGUCAGUCAACGCUAGAUAGAAGAGGUUGGAAAACGUGUGCAAAAAACUGCCUCCCACCUAAGUAUUUCAGCUCUUCUUAUAUCAGAACAGUUAUCUGACGUGGUUUGGUGAUACGAGACUCCUGGCCUAACUCAAAUUCUUAUCAGUUCCCUGUUUUCGUUCUAGAAGGUGACAUCCGAGAUAUGGAGAAUGAGGGAGCACUACGUGAGAGUUGGUCCUUUGCUUCGAAAGCCAGUGGCUGCUAUGAAAUUGCAACCCAAGGUGAAAGAAACGAAACCAGCAACUGCCCUGUGUCUCAGAACAGAUCUGACUCGAACCCAAACCACGAAGCUCACGGCAAAACCCACGUAGAGGAGCAACCAUUUAAAUGCCAGGAGUGCGGGAAGAACUUCGGUUGGAGGUCACAACUCAAUAGGCACCGAAAAAUGCACACCGGGGAGAAGCCAUAUAAAUGCUUGCAGUGUGGAAAGAGUUUCAGGCAGAACUUUCACCUGACUGCCCAUCUAAAAAUCCACAGAGGGGAGAAACCACAUGAAUGCUUGGAGUGUGGGAAGAGCUUCAGUCAGAGGAAUGACCUCGCUUCUCAUCAGAGAAUCCACACAGGGGAGAAACCAUAUAAAUGUUCGGAGUGUGGGAAGGGCUUCCGUUCGAACACCAGCCUGACUUGUCAUUUAAGGACUCACACAAGGGAGAAACCGUAUAAAUGCUUGGAGUGUGGUCGCACCUUUGGCCAGAGCUCAUACCUAAGUAAACACAAAAGGAUUCAUACGGGGGAGAAACCAUAUAAAUGCCUUGAGUGCGGCAUGAGCUUUUGUCAUAAUUCAUCCCUCACGUACCAUCAAAGAAAUCACACUGGCGAGAAACCGUAUCAGUGCUUGGAGUGUGGAAUGAGGUUCAGUCAGAGUUCGGCCCUCAUGUACCAUCAGAGAAUUCACACAGGGGAGAAACCAUAUCAGUGCUUGGAGUGCGGAAAGAGCUUUCGGGUGAGACCAAGCCUCACCUCUCAUCAAAGAAUACACACAGGAGAGAAGCCCUACAAAUGUCUGGAGUGUGGAAGGAGCUUCCGUUUGAGCACAAGCCUGACUACUCACCAAAGAACUCACACAGGGGAGAAACCUUACAAAUGUCUGGAGUGUGGAAAGAGCUUCAGUGUGAGGAAAAGCCUCACCUAUCACCAAAGAACUCACACGAGGGAGAAACCAAAUAGAUGCGUCAAGCAGGGCUGGGGAGCCUGCGGCAAUUCAGAUGUUGUACCCCCAACUUCCACCAGCGCCAGCCAGCAUGGCCAACAGUCACCGAUGAUGGGAGUUGUGGACCAACAACAUUUGGAAGGCCCCAGAUCCCCUGUCCCUAGCUCUCAGGGUAAGAAAGAGCUUCAUUAA